AUGAGCGUGGAAAAGGCAUCUGCGAAUCUCACUUCCCAACCUUCGGUAUCUGAUACCAAUACCGGUGCUGCUCCCCCAGCGCAGACCUCGUUAAGUAAUGACAAGUUCCUGUUUGAUUGUGAUCAUUUGAUCAACUUCUGCACUCAGUUUGAGCAGUGUGAGAUCCAAGAUCAAACGGAUUCGGUAUUGGAAGUAAGGUUGGAGGACUUGGAGCAUAGGUGGCAGCGACUUCAGACUACAUAUGAGAGUCUUAUGCUAGCUCCGAGAGGUACCAAUUCGAAGGACUUUAGAGACAACGCACUGGUUAAUUUUAAUGCCAGCUCAGAGGCCUAUUAUACGGCGAGAUCCCAAAUACUCGAUAUGCUAAGAAUAUCUGGUGGAAAUACUCGCCAGAAUGCAAGGCACAGCCUUAUUCCGGCUUAUAUUCCCCAACCAGCCGCUAAUCACUCGUCUCAUGAUGUUGCUGACAGUUACAUCAAAGUCCCUCCCUGUGAUACCGAGAUAUUCAAGGGAGGUUAUGAAGAAUGGCCGUCAUUUCGUGACAUGUUCACGGCGGUCUACGCGGACCAUCCAAAAUUGACCCGAGCUCAAAAGUUAUAUCAUCUGCGAAAUAAGACUAGAGGUGACGCCGGUGCCAUAGUCAAGCGAUAUGCGCUCUGCGAUGAGAACUUUGAUCUUGCUUGGAGUGCCUUGAAGGCUCGCUAUGAAAAUAAGCGAGUCUUAGUAGACAAUCAACUGAAGAUUCUCUUCAGUAUCCCAACUGCCACUGUGGAGAACAGUGAAGCAAUUCACAGGAUUCAAUCCACAGUUAACGAUUGUCUCUGCACCCUCAGGACACUUAACGUCAAUGUUGGAAGCUGGGAUCCAAUUUUGUUGUACUUGGUAUCGACCAAGUUGCCAGAUGAAACACUGGCUCUCUGGGAACAGUCUCUCACAUCUCACCGUGAGCUUCCCACUUGGAACCAGCUGGAUGAAUUUCUCAUCAGCCGCUAUGAAAUCGUGGAACGCCUUUCGAGCAUGAAGGCCACGAAAACCAGAGGUUCGCUCCCGUCUCAGAACAGUGGUAAGAUACAAACUUACCACUCGCAAGAAAAGCUAAGCUCUUCUUGCCCCCUGUGCAAUUCCGACCACACUAUAAGAAGCUGUGGGCAAUUUCGAAAAUAUUCCGCACAACAACGCAACGAAUUUGCACACAGGCAUAAGUUGUGUAUGAAUUGCCUCUCCUCGUCUCAUCUCAAGACAAAUUGCAAGAGUAUAAACACUUGCAUCAUAUGUCACAAGCCACACCAUACUCUGCUGCACUUUAGGGGUAAGCCAGAAGAGAAGACUGAUGAUCGCCCAAAUCAUUCUAAUCACGAAGACAACAAGAGUCACGCGAAAUCUUCGGGCGUAAGCCCAAAAGACACCUCUCUUAAUGAAGCUCCCUCCACUUCAAGCGCCAAUCGCUCCUCUCAUGUUCAGGCUAAUUUCUCAUCCAACAACGAGACGAUUUUACUACGAACAGCUCUAGUUCGUGUUGAACAUCAAGGGGAGUUGUUCACUUUGAGAGCCCUGAUUGAUCCCGGUUCUCAACGAACCUUUAUAACCCAACGAAUUCAGAAGCGCUUGCAAAUUCCCACUUCCAGAGCGCACUUCGAAAUUUUUGGUAUUGGAGAACAGACUCAAACUUCGGAAAAGGAAUGCCAACUCGUCAUUGUCGCUGAAAAAUACGAUGUUCGCUUCACAGUCUCGGCAAUAGUUCUGCCUAAAAUGACAAAAUGGCUACCCUCUGUUUCAUUUGAAGUUUCAAAUCCCUCAGAUCUGGAGGAACUUGAUUUAGCCGAUCCAAACUUCAAUAAAUCCGCUCAAAUUGACCUAAUUUUAGGCAACGAUUCUGAACGCUUCAUCAGCAUGGAAGGAAUCAGAAAGAACGUAUGUGGCGAUACCUCAGCAUACAAUACAGUAUUUGGCUGGGUAUUGAGCGGUCCAAUGCAAACUGAAAGAAUUUUCUCAUUUUCCACUAACGUGGUUGAAUCCGAGGAUAUAAAAAUAAGCGAACUUCUGAGAAAAUUCUGGGAGCAAGAAGAGGUACCCAUGGCUCCCCCUCUUUGUGAGGAAGAUCAGUUUUGCGAAGAGUUCUACUCUAAAACUACCACCAGAUCCCCGGAUGGUAGAUACAUCGUGAGACUGCCUUUCAAGGCAGAGUUCUCCGAUUCCCUGUCUCUCGGCUCUUCUCGCUUUCUCGCUCUAGCUCAAUACAAUCGUAUGGAGACAAAGCUCUCUGAUGACCCCGAGCUAAAUACAGAGUACAAUUCAGUGUUAAGCGAGUACCUUUCUCUCGGUCAUGCUGAAGAAACCUCUUCUCAGGAGAUAAACUGUUAUGGGAAAUACAAUUCCUUUUAUCUCCCUCACCACGCCGUCAUUCGUCCAGAGCAUAAAUCCACAAAGGUGAGAGUUGUGUUUAAUGCGUCUCGUAAGAGCAAAUCUGGAUACUCUCUGAAUGACGUGCUGCACACUGGGCCUACGCUACAAACCGAUUUGACAUCUGUUAUCCUCGGCUGGCGCAGAUACAGAUAUGUAUUCUGCGGGGAUAUUCAAAAAAUGUAUAGGCAGAUAUGGUUGCAUCCAAUCGAUAGAGCCUAUCAGCGAAUACUUUUCAGGCCGGAUCCUACGGGACCGGUAAAAGAUUUCGAACUAAAAACGGUUACCUUUGGCCUCAACUGCGCCCCGUUUUUAGCCAUCCGCACCCUUUUGAAACUGGCCGCUGACUCUGAGAACAAAUUUCCCAAUGUCGCAGAGACAUUGAGGAAAGAGACAUAUGUCGACGACAUUUUGUCCGGAGGCUUCUCUAUUGAAGACACCAUUCAAGCGCAAGGGGACAUAAUCUCGGUCCUUGCGCAGGCAGGGUUUCCCCUUGUCAAACUAACCGCGAACGACCCACAAUUACUGGCAAACCUCCCACCCGAAAGUCUAUAUAACUCAGACUUCUUGCGUUUCCAUGACUCUAGCACUACCAAGACUCUGGGUAUCAAAUGGAAUGCCCUAACUGAUUCAUUCAGUUACACCCUCAGCGCUAUUCCAACCGACCAGCCUAUGAGCAAACGCAAAGUUCUCUCCGCCGUCGCUCAACUAUUCGAUCCUGCAGGAUGGGUUGCUCCUGUAGUGAUCAAGUCGAAAAUUCUGAUGCAGCAACUUUGGCUUGAAGGGCUGGAUUGGGAUGACGAACUAAGCUCGGAAACUCUGGGAAAAUGGAAUUCUCUGGUCUCUGACUUGGGUCACAUUGGGUCGAUUUCCGUUCCCAGAUGGCUGCAGUACCAUCCCUCUGAUACCGUGGAGAUUCAUGGGUUCUCUGACGCAUCUCAAGCGGCAAUGUGUGCAUGCGUAUACAUUCGGUGUCAGACCUCCAAGUCUGUAGUGUUCUCGAAUUUGUUCGUGGCGAAAAGUAAAGUGGCUCCUCUGAAGCCUGUAUGCCUUCCACGUUUGGAACUCAAUGGUGCCUUCCUCCUAGCGAAACUUGUCAACUAUGUGGUGUGCUCGUUCGACAUGAACAUUAGUGGCAUCACGCUUUGGACAGAUUCGUCUAUUGUUCUUGGUUGGUUAACAAAACCACCAUGGACCUGGGAAACAUACGUGGCAAAUCGAACUUCCAAAAUUCAUGAUCUUCUACCAGAGGGAACAUGGCGACAUGUACCCACCCACGACAAUCCAGCCGACCUCGGUACGAGAGGCUGUAGGCCGCAAGACCUCGCUUGCAAUUCAUUUUGGUUUCAUGGCCCGAAUUGGCUGACAAACCCACCGUCAGAAUGGCCAGACAGAAACCCUUUGAUCUCUCCCGAAAUGAGAAAGCGCCUGAAUAUUCAGGUUAUGCACGAAACGGUAGAAGAUCCGGACAUCUUGCUUAGAUUUUCGUCAUAUCCCCGAGCAUUGAGAGUAGUGUCUUAUAUGCUUAGAUUCUGUCAUAACUGUCUUAGUGGACGCAGGGGUACCACGAGGAUUUCCUCUUCGAUUCUUACCCAAGAGGAGGUAAAACGCACAAAAUUUCGCCUCAUAAUGUUGGCACAGAUGAAAUGGUACCCAGAGGAGUACAAGCAGAUCAGUAGAUCUGAAGAAUUGUCCAACAAAAGCUCACUGCUCUGUCUAAAUCCCUUUUUAGACCAGGAAAGAGUCCUUCGUGUGAAUGGUCGUCUCGCUGCCUGUUCUUUACCCUAUAAUGAACGUUACCCCAUCAUACUUCCUGGGAACUCUCGGCUUUGCCAUUUAUAUCUACUCCAUUUGCACGAAUUUCUCGCUCACGGUGAAUGCAUCCUCAUGUGCCGGAUGAUUCAAACGGAGUUUCACAUCUCACGUCUCAAACCAAGGGUGAAAGGCAUUAUUCAUAAGUGCAAAACCUGCAUCAUAUUCAGGAAACGAUCUUGCGUCCAGAUAAUGGCUCCGCUCCCUCCUGACAGAUGCACCAUUACACCAGCAUUUCACGUGACUGGUAUAGAUUUUGCAGGACCCUUUGAGAUUAAAAGUUCAUCUCUACGCCGAUCCCCUCUCUUGAAAGGCUAUGUGAGCAUUUUCGUGUGCUUCGCCACCAAGGCCGUACACUUGGAGCCAUGCUCCGAGCUUUCCACGGCGGCAUUUGAGGCCGCUUUUUCUCGUUUUCUUGGGAGGCGAGGCCUACCUAGAAAGGUAGUAUCGGAUAAUGGCAGAAAUUUCGUAGGUGCAAGUCGAAAGAUGCUGAAAGAAUUCAGAAGUUUCAUUCAGGUAGCAGCGAGUGACAUUGCUGGAAAGUACGCUACCCAAGGCUUUGAGUGGCAGUUUAUACCCCCCCAUGCUCCACAUAUGGGUGGCCUUUGGGAAUCGGCCGUGAAGUCAUUCAAACACCAUUUCAAACGAGUAGCAGGCGCUCAUCUCUUCACUUUCGAGCAAUUCGCUACCGUUCUCGCUCGGAUUGAAGGAGUUCUAAACUCCCGUCCAAUCUCUGCUGUCUCUGAGGAUCCGAACGACCUCACAGCUUUGACUCCCGGACACUUUUUGAAAGGCUCACCAAUUGUGGCUUUUCCCGAGCCUCUUGCUCCAGACCUCUCCCUUAUAAACAGGUGGCAGAGACUGAAGGCGAUACAUCACCAGUUCGCUAUUCGAUGGAAAGAAGAGUACCUCAAAGCUCUUCAAAAGCGAUACAAGUGGAAAACCACUUCUCCCAAUAUAAAGGUCGGCGAUCUCGUAGUCGUAAUGGACGAUCUACUGCCGCCUAGCGACUGGCGACUCGGAAGAGUGGCUAGGACGCAUAAUGGUCCCGAUGAAAAUGUAAGAAUAGCCGAUGUCCGUAUCGCCUCGGGCAUCAUUACUCGACCGAUUGUCAAAUUGUGCCACUUGCCCUUGCUCGAUCAACCCCAAUAA